CCAUUUAGAAACGGGGGGAAAUUCGUAGAAAUAUUUAGGAAGAAAAAAAAAAACAGAAGAUAAUUUAUUGUCCAUGAUAGGAAACUCUAUCGGUUUAUCCUCCCAUUGACACGGGAGAGAGAUAGAGAAGCUUCAGCAUCCAACAAUGGCAACUCUCUUCCUUUCUUCCACACCAACCAUCUUCAAGUCUCCCUCCCAAUCACCCCCUCACCUCCUUUUCUUUAGAAAUCAGAUAAAUUCCCCUGUUUUCCAGAAAAAAUGCAAAUCAAAAUCCGGAAUUGUUGUGUAUUCCUGCCUUUCUCCAACACCCACUUCAGAAUUUGGGGUUUGCAAGAGGGAUUUAUUGCUCUUUGGCUUAUCUACUUCCAUGACCUUGAUUUUCCCUGUUAAUGCUAUUGCAGGAAUUGGUGCUGAGGAGGAGGGGAAAAUGCUUGAGUUUAUUGAUGAUGUAAAUGCCUAUUCUUAUUCAUAUCCGAUGAAACUUCCCUCCAAAAAGAUUGCGUUUAAAUGGGUGGAAUCUAGAAAGCCAGAAAGAUAUUCAUCAGCUGCUCCUCUGUCUCCUAAUGCACGGCUGCGUAUAGUGUCCGAGCGUGUUGACUUUAUGGACAACGUUAUCCUAUCUGUUACGAUAGGGCCCCCCAAUCCAGAUUUCUUGAAAUCGAAAGAUAAGAGUACAUGGAAUCCGAAAGAUGUUGCUGAUUCAGUUUUGUCUGACAAAUCUGCAUUGCGAGUCACUUCAACUCAAAAACUGGCUGAGAGUUCCAUACUUGAUGCACAAUCAAAUGAGGUUGAUGGUGAACGAUACUGGUUUUACGAGUACUUAGUCCGCAAAUCACCAACCAAAACUGCAGCAGAGUCAAACAAUUAUAGACAAUACGUGGCUUCUACCGCUGAGCGUGACGGUUUUUUAUACACUUUGAACGCUUCAACUUUGAGCAAGCAGUGGGACGUUAUGGGACCUAUCUUAAAGAGAACGGCCAACUCCUUUCGGCUUCUUCCCCCAACAGAUAGUUAUGUCCCUCCAGACAAGGAUCCGUGGAGAUUUUGGUGAUAUCAGUCGUUUGGUCUACUUGGCCCGGCCCGUUGUACCAAAUUAGCUAAUAUCAGUCAGCUAAUGUCAUUUGGUGUUUUUGGCCCGUUGAUGAUGUUUACCUUUGCUUAUGUUUGUUCUCUAAGCAAUGCAAAUGUUUCCGGUACACAGCAGCGAGUCCGCAUGGCUUAUGUCUGAACUCUGAAGGAGAGUUGAAUGUCUAUAUAGGAGCUUUAAUGUUUCUGUAUGUAGCUUGCGAAGAACUAAUUAAGUUAUAUCGAUUUAUUGAUAACGUUGUCAAAUAAGCAUCUGUAAAUCUUUUCCUUACCAAUUUAUGAACAAGGUUCACGGAAUAGCUUAGAUUUAUCAGUGAAAUGGUUCUUUUUAAUUUCCAAA